GCUUACGACGGGUGGGUGUCCUAAACAGGUUAGGAAAGUAGUAUUUGUAAAAACCAUCUUUUUUAAAAAGUAAAAAGUAUUAUUUGUUAUCUAAUUAAUAUCUAACAAGAAGUGGUAUUUUGUGGAAAUCCCAUUCUAAAAUAGUACAUUUUAGCAAAUGAGAACGAAAAAACCUCUCAACGCAUCUUUGUUGGGAAACAAGAAACCCCAAACUGUUUUCCUGCAUCCCAAAUAAGAUGGAGAGACACCAAAACGAUAAGGACCAAUCCUCACGGUUUCCCGUCGCAUGUGGAGGAGAACUAACAGAUUCAUAAAUGAGCAACAGCGAAAUUCAAUAAAGAAACCACCGUAGUGAAUAGAUCUUUGGCUGCUGAGAGUAUAUCUCCGAACAAAUCCAAGUUUAUUUGUGGUGUUCAAGAAAUGACCAUCACCACCGACCAAUCCAAUGACAAGGAACCACAAUACCCACCUCCGAUGAACACCGGUAACCAUUAUGAACAACCACUUCCACCACCUCACGUAAACCACCAUUACAACCGUGAACAACCACCCUUUUUUCCUCUUCCACCUCCUUUCCAUGAGUUUCGAAGUUACAAAGAUGUUUUGAUUUGCCUUUCCAACCUCUUCUUCCACCUUCGUCUCAAUCACCACAACGCCUCCUGCCCCGACUGUCAUGAUGAAUCUCAUCUACCACCAAAUCCGAUUGCUAACAGCCACAAUGAACAACCGCCUGAAAUUUUUGAUUCUUACCUCCCAGAGUACCACCUUCUGGCAUCACCACCGCAACCUUUCUACCAUGUCUCUCCCGUGAGCAGCUGCCACCACAACCUUCACAUUCCUCCGAUUAUCCGUCCACCCACAAAUUAUAUGGACAAUAAACCCACAUUUCGGGUCUAUACCAAGGCAAAAACUGAUUACUCUCUCACUAUACGUAAUGGAAAAGUGAUUCUUGCUCCAACUAAUUCUUCUGAUCUUCAUCAGCAUUGGAUCAAAGACGAGAAAUUUGGUAGGAGCAUUAAGGAUGAAAAAGGUAAUCCCGCUUUUGCCUUGGUCAACAAAGCCACCGGUGAAGCUAUGAAAUUUUCAAUCGGUGUAACUUAUCCGGUUCAGCUGAAGAAAUACAACCCUAAUGAAGUCGACAUGAGUGUUCUUUGGAGUGAGGGCAAUGACUUGGGUGAUGGUUAUAGGUCAUUUAGGACAGUCACCAAUAUUCAUCUUCAUCUAGAUGCAUGUAAGGGUGUUAAAGAAUAUGGUGGUGUUCAUGACGGCACUGAAAUUAUUUUGUGGGAAUGGAAUGAUGGCGAUAACCAAAAGUGGAUCAUAUUCCCGUAUUGAUUGCGUGUUAGUGUGGAGCUUAAUCUUCGACCAUGAGCAUGCUAUGUUCCAUGGCACUCGGCGUUCAUGUAUUUUUCGAAUGAUCACAUGUUUAAGUACCUAUGGAUAGUGUUGUUUUGGAUAUUUUUAUAUGUUAUUUCGGGGCUCCGUAACGUAUUAAACUUGUUAGAUUUUAAUGGAUUGACACAUAUAAUCCUACU